AUGGACAGCCCCAGUCUUUGAGAACUUCAACAGCCUCUGCUGGCAGGUGUAGGCUCUGACCCCACUGUUCAGAGGCCUGGUGAGCCUGAGUUGGGUCCCCCUUGAGAGACAGCCUUUGCAGAGUCCCUAAGGGGUUGGCAGUUUCUUCUACCACCUCUUCCCUCAGUGAGCGCUGGUCUGGGGCAGCCAGGGCUCCCUGACCUUGAGACCAAGACUUGGACCAAGGGGGAUGUCCAGGGGGCAGGGGCCACCUCUCGCUGUGCCUUCCUGCUUGGGGUUCUGGCUGUAGGGCUGGGCGUGUGCACACAUGUGGCAGCCCUGGUGACCCUGGCUACCUACCUUGCCUCCCCAGACCUGCCCUAGCUGCCCCUGCAGCCCCGCCAUGAACCAGAGGCCGGUGACCCAGAGCAUACAUUGGCAGAGUGAAGAACCCGGGUGGAUGUGGCAGUGUUAGCAUCCAGCAAUGGG